ACCUGCUUCUUCUCAGUUCUCAGCUCGGAAGUUUGUUACCGACGGCGAUUCAUCGAAACAGUAUCUCGCCGGUUUUCUCGAACUGAAGUCUUUUCUUUCUCCGGUGAAAGAGAAGAUGAAGAUAUUCGUCAAAACUCUGAAGGGAGCUCGGUUCGAGAUCCAAGUCAAACCCGAGGAUUCGGUUGCUGAUGUGAAGAAGAACAUAGAGACGGUGCUGGGAGUUAAUGCGUAUCCUGCUGCAGAACAAAGGCUUAUUCACAAGGGGAAAGUGCUGAAAGAUGAGACAACAGUAGAGGCUAACAACGUUUCCGAGAAAAGCACUAUUGGCGUUAUGAAGAGAAAACCUGCAUCUGCUAGCCUUAAACCUCUGUAUGAAAGUAUUUCAGAGAAUAACAUUCAGUGGAUUCUUGAGAUGUCCGGAGGAGAGUGGGAGCGUGACCUGGUUGAGGAUGCACUCUAUUUGGCAUAUAAUGACAUUGAUAAAGCUGUGGAAUAUAUUUACUUUGGGUUGCCGGUGGACAGUGAAUAUCCUUCUAUAACAGAGUUCGAGAAUGUACGACCUCGGGUGCAGUCAGACCCUAGUCUCUUAGAGGAGCUCCUGGUGCAGAUUGAAGAUCUUUUCAUAACGGAGGGUGAAACUCAUCAAGAACCUGAUGAACGUCCUUCAGCAGCCGACCUAGAACAGUCACUUGAUUUCGCGCGUUACACUCAAGAGUACGAUCGCGAGUAUCUACGAGCUUUGGCGCGAUCACACCCUAGUAUCGUUAAGGAUUUUGUGGAGAUGGUACAUGAAGACAAUCCGCUAUUUUUUCAGUUUAUUCGAGACAACAAAGCAGACAUCUUACGCUUACUACGUGAAGGAGGAACAGGCGGCACCGAAAUGGAGCAGCCUCGUGAACACCCAGCAGUCGAGACCAACGAACCAAAGAAUGGAGGAGAUGGUGGCAACCAAGUAGGAGAGUCUAAAGAAACCGAAGUUGAAGUCGUCACCCCUGAGGAUUACGAAUUGAUCGAACGGCUAGAAGCAUUGGGAUUUGAGAGAGGUGAUGCGGCGGUGGCGUACUUCGCUUGCAAUAGGAACCUCCAAGUGGCUGCAAACCAUCUUCUCGGUUACAAGCACAAGCACGAGCCUCGACGAGAAUGACACCACUAAACCAUGAGUUUCUUUCUUGGCUCGUAGUGGACCUAGUGGUUGCAUACUUUUUUUUUUCUAUCGAUAAGCAAAUGUCAUUGUUCUGUAACGUGGUUUCUUUUGCUCUGGUUACACAGUUGGAAUA